CACAUUUGCAGCCAGUGCGUCCAUGCGUAGCUCAGGCAGGGAGGAUGCUGGUGUUGAGAGAGGCAACCAGUUGCUCUCCAGCUGUCACAGUAAAAGUGGAGCCUCCCCUACGCACCGACGGAUGAACAUCCUCGACCUGUUGCCUCGGCGGGAAGAAAAGUAGAGCUGCGUUGUGACGGGCGCCAGAAAACGAAAUAAGUUGAUUUUUCUUUUUUUAAGGAGGGAGGUCGAAGACGAUGCCAUGAGGUGUAUCAAUGUGUUCGUUAUUAAUCUACGUUUUGAAUAGCAGAGGGAAGAGGAACGGAGUUGGUUUUUGGGGGUCUACCUCCUCGGUGUGGAGGUGCGAUUUGCGGUGAUAUCUGUCUCUGUAUCUGGGUUCUGAGGAGGAGGAGGACCAUGGUCGAACUGGAGAAGGAGGUGCUCCCGCUGCCCCCUCGGUACCGGUUCCGAGACCUGUUGCUCGGGGACUGGCAGACCGACGACAGGGUGCAGGUAGAGUUCUAUGUGAAUGAGAACACUUUCAAGGAGCGCCUCAAGCUGUUCUUCAUCAAAAACCAAAGAUCCAGUCUGCGAGUGCGAAUGUUUAACUUCGCUCUGAAAGUGCUGAGCUGCCUCCUCUACAUUGUCAGAGUCCUGUUGGACAACCCGCAAGAGGGAAGACAAGACUGCAUGAGCGGAGUGAACUGCACCAAACAAAACACAUCAUCCCGUCCCUGUAGUGAGUUUGACUGGAAGCUGAUCAUCUGGGUGGAUAGACCUCUACCGCUGUGGGGACUGCAGGUGCUUGUGGCUUUCAUCAGCUUUUCAGAAACUAUGUUGCUCGUGUAUCUCAGCUACAAGGGCAACGUUUGGGAGCAAGUAUUACGUGUCCCCUUCAUUCUGGAGAUGAUCAGCGCUGUUCCCUUCAUGAUCACUGUGAUUUUGCCCUCCUUCAGAAACCUCUUCAUUCCUGUAUUUCUCAAUUGCUGGCUGGCCAAACACGCUUUGGAGAACAUGAUAAAUGAUCUCCACAGGGCAAUCCAGCGGACGCAUUCAGCCAUGUUUAACCAAGUGGUGAUACUCAUCAGCACGCUGGUGUGUCUCAUGUUUACUUGCAUCUGCGGUAUCCAACACCUCGAACGAGCGGGGAACAACCUGACCCUGUUCGACUCUCUCUACUUCUGUGUGGUCACCUUUUCCACUGUGGGCUUUGGAGAUGUCACCCCCCAAAUCUGGCCCUCGCAACUCCUGGUGGUCAUCAUGAUCUUUGUGGCGCUCAUUGUGCUUCCCAUUCAGUUUGAGCAGCUGGCCUUUCUGUGGAUGGAGCGGCAGAAGUCCGGGGGGAACUACAGCCGCUACCGGGCACAGACGGAGAAACACGUGGUGCUGUGUGUCAGCUGUCUCAAGAUCGACCUCCUCAUGGACUUUCUCAAUGAGUUCUUUGCUCACCCCCGACUACAGGACUACUAUGUGGUGAUCCUUUGCCCAGCAGAGAUGGACGUCCAGGUUAGGAGGGUACUUCAUGUCCCCCUGUGGGCCCAGAGAGUCAUCUACCUGCAGGGUUCUGCCCUCAAAGACCAAGACCUGAUGAGGGCCAAGAUGGACGAUGCUGAGGCCUGCUUUAUCCUCAGUAACCGGUUUGAAGUGGACCGCAUUGCUGCUGAUCAUCAGACCAUCCUCCGAGCCUGGGCAGUGAAAGACUUUGCUCCAAAUUGCCCCCUCUACGUCCAGAUUCUCAAGCCAGAGAACAAGUUCCACGUCAAAUUUGCAGAUCAUGUGGUGUGUGAAGAAGAGUUUAAGUACGCCAUGCUGGCUUUAAACUGUGUGUGCCCCGGUACCUCGACACUCAUCACUCUAUUGAUCCACUCUUCCAGAGGACAAACGGCACCCCAGGAGGCCUUCAAGCAACGUGUAGGAGCUUUUCAAGCCCUCAACAGGGAGGGCGGUGCGUGUUCAGCAGACCAAUGGCACCGAACCUACCGGCGCUGCUCAGCUAAUGAGGUACAUCACAUCCGCCUGGAGGAAAGCAAAUUCUUUGGGGAAUACCAGGGCAAGAGUUUCACCUUUGCCUCCUUUCAUGCUCACAAAAAGUAUGGAGUAUGUCUGAUCGGAGUACGCAGAUUGGACACCACCAACAUCCUGCUGAACCCUGGUCCCUGCCACAUCAUGGGUGCCUCUGACACAUGCUUCUACAUCAAUAUCUCAAAAGAGGAGAACUCUGCAUUUGUCAGGGGCCAGAGGGAGCCAUCGUGGGGCGGCACUGGAGGAAAUGCCAGGGGAGUGCACCAAACCAUCUACCAUGGACUCACCCGCCUGCCAGUCCACAGUAUCAUUGCCAGCAUGGGCACAGUGGCCAUCGACCUGCAGGACUCCAGCGACAGCAGCCCAGAAGGCCAGGACCCGGGGAGCACUGGGCUGGGCAGCGGGAGAGGAAGCAGGAGCAGCUCCAGGACAGAGAUGGGUGGCGCUAACACUUUGGCCCUGCCUGCCAUGGGAGACUCAGCCGAGGAGAGGAGGCACAGCAUCGCCCCCGUUCUGGAGCUGGUGGACGGUGUCAACAACCCCACCUUUGACCUGCUGGGAGACCAGUCAGAGGACGAGGGAGGGGAAGAGGGAAAGGAGGACAGUGACAAAGAUGAGAGUGCACACUGGUGGGGUCGACACUGCGAGUGGGUGAAGGGAUACCCGCUGAACUCUCCAUACAUCGGCAGCUCACCUACGCUGUGCCACCUUCUUCAAGAAAAGAUGCCUUUCUGCUGCCUGCGCAUGGACAAGGCCUGUCAUCACACCCUUUUUGAGGAUGCUCGCUCCUACGGCUUCAAAAACAAAUUGAUCAUUGUGUCCGCUGAGAGUGCAGGGAAUGGUCUGUACAACUUCAUUGUGCCUCUACGGGCCUACUACCGACCCAGGAAGGAGCUCAACCCCAUUGUGCUGCUGUUGGAGGGCAUACCUGAAGCUGACUUCCUGGAGGCAAUCUGUUGGUUUCCUAUGGUGUUCUACACAGUGGGCUCCAUUGACAAUCUGGACAGUUUGCUGCGAUGUGGAGUGACUUUCGCAGACACCAUGGUGGUGGUUGACAAGGAAAGCUCCAUGAUUGCAGAGGAGGACUACAUGGCCGAUGCAAAAACGAUCGUCAAUGUCCAGACGCUCUUCAGACUGUUCCCAGCUCUUAGUAUCAUCACGGAGCUCACCCACCCAGCCAACAUGCGUUUUAUGCAGUUCAAAGUCAAAGACCACUACUCUCUGGCGCUCUCUAAACUGGAAAAGAAGGAAAGGGAGAAGGGGUCCAACCUGGUGUUUAUGUUCCGCCUGCCCUUCGCGGCAGGGAAGGUGUUCAGUGUCAGCAUGCUGGACACUCUCCUCUACCAGUCAUUUGUGAAGGACUACAUGAUCUCCAUUGCAAGGCUGCUGCUGGGUUUAGACUCCAUGCCUGGCUCAGGUUUCCUCUGUGCUAUGAAAAUCACAGAGGAUGACCUGUGGAUCCGCACGUACGGCAGGCUCUACCAGAAACUGUGCUCCUCCAAUGGAGACAUUCCCAUUGGCAUCUAUCGGACAGAGGCACAUAAGCUUCCAGUCUCUGAGUCCCAGGUUUCCAUCACAGUGGAAGACUACGAGGAUACCAGAGAACCCAGAGAGCCCCUGUUGUCCCGGACCGGUGCUCAUCGCAACUCCACCUCCUCGGAGCCCGUCUCCACCUCUUCCCACUCCUCGGACCACCCGCUGCUCAGGAGGAAGAGCAUGCAGUGGGCACGGCGGCUGAGCAGGAAGGGGGGUCGGAACUCUAGCGCAGCCAAGGGGGGUCCGGGCAGCGCGGCAGAGAGGAUCAGCCAGCAGAGACUGACACUGUUUCGGCGCUCGGAGAGGCAAGAACUCAACGCCCUGGUGCGAACGAGGAUGAAACACUUGGGCCUUUCUCCAACUGGAUUCACCUCACUCACCUCUAUUCUUCCUGUGUCAGAUGGGAUGACAGACCAAGGGAACAGACUGUCUUAUAUCCUCAUCAACCCUUCUCCAGACACCAGGCUGGAGCUGCACGAUGUUGUGUACCUGAUCAGACCAGAUCCCCUCUCUCUGGUACCCAAUCAGGGCAGCAACAGAAAGUGCAGCGGCGGCAUAUCAGAGAGUCACCGGUUCGAUACGCAGGACAGCACCCAUCUGUGAGAGACAAAAAAAAAGACAAAUAUACUGUCAAAACACUGCCAGAGAGAGGAGCAACAACAACACACUCACAAGAGAGAAUCAGAAAUCAAGAAAUUGUAAGACGGAAAGGGAUGCAGCGAA